GGAAAGCCUCUGCCAGAGAGAAAAUAGAAACUUCGAACAACCUAUUGCCCCCCACCCUCUCCUCCAAAAUAAACCCGAUCCAACCGCCGACCCGACCCGCCGGAGCUUCCACGCCGCAGAUCUAGAGCCUCCCGGUAACUACGUAAUUUGCUAGCUCAGCAAAUUUUCAGCAACUAAAUCUUGUGAGAUCGGCGAGCUGAAUCAGCGGCGGAGAUGGCGCCGAGCACGAUCCGGAAGGCGAUCGGAGCCGUCAAGGACCAGACGAGCAUCGGGAUCGCGAAGGUCGCCAGCAACAUGGCGCCGGACCUCGAGGUCGCCAUAGUCAAGGCCACCAGCCACGAGGACGAGCCCGCCGGCGAGAAGUACAUCCGCGAGAUCCUCCAGAUGACGUCAUACUCCCGUGGCUACGUCCACGCGUGCGUGUCGGCGGUGUCGAAGCGUCUGUCGAAGACGCGCGACUGGAUCGUGGCGAUCAAGGCGCUGAUGCUGGUGCACCGCCUCAUGAACGACGGCGACCCGGUGUUCCAGGACGAGAUCCUCUACGCCACGCGGAAAGGGACCAGGCUGCUCAACCUCUCCGAUUUCCGUGACGAGGCUCACUCCAGCUCGUGGGAUCACUCUGCGUUUGUGAGGACUUUUGCUAUGUACUUGGACCAGAGGCUUGAUUUGAUGCUCUUCGAGAGGAAGAGCGGUGCUGGUACUACUCCGGCGAGGGACCAGGGGUCUUAUUUGAGGGACAGCGGCGGUUCUGGUUCUGGAAAUUUCCGGUCUCCGCCGCCGAGGCCGAAUUACGAGUAUGAGUAUGGGGGAGAGGCUAGGGAGUAUGAGAAUGGAGGAGGUAUGAGGCGGUCUAGAUCUUAUGAUUAUGAUAAUGGAGGAGGAAUGAGAAAGUCAAGGUCUUAUGGAGAUAUGAGCGAGUCUUCGAAAUCGGAGAAGAGAGUUGUGACUCCCUUGAGGGAAAUGAAGCCGGAGAGGAUUUUCGGGAAGAUGGGGCAUUUGCAGAGGCUAUUGGAUCGGUUUCUGUCGAUCCGGCCAACGGGGUUGGCUAAGAACAGUAGGUUGAUUCUGGUUGCUUUGUAUCCGGUGGUGAGGGAGAGUUUUCAGUUGUAUGCGGAUAUUUGCGAGGUUUUGGCGGUUUUGCUUGAUAAGUUUUUCGAUAUGGAGUAUUCCGAUUGUGUGAAGGCGUUUGAUGCUUAUGCCAGUGCGGCGAAGCAGAUUGAUGAGCUUGUUGCAUUCUAUGGUUGGUGCAAGGAUGUUGGCGUUGCCAGGUCGUCGGAGUAUCCAGAGAUUCAGAAGAUUGGGAGUAAGUUAUUGGAGACAUUGGAGGAGUUUGUGAGAGACAGAAGUAAGAGAGGCAAGAGUCCUGAAAGGAAAGAGGAGCUUCCGGCUCCGGUUGCUCAGGAGGAGGAGCCCCAACCUGAUAUGAAUGAGAUUAAGGCUUUGCCUGCCCCGGAGAAUUGGACUCCUCCACCCCCACCUGAGCCAGAGCCUCAGCCGAAGCCUCAACCAGUUGUCCAAGAAGACUUGGUGGAUUUGAGAGACAAUGGGGUUUCAGCUGAUAAUCAGGGGAAUAACAUGGCUUUGGCUUUGUUUGCUGGUCCUGCUGCCAAUGGUAACACAAAUGGUUCUUGGGAAGCAUUCCCUUCAGAUGGGCAGCCACAAGUCACCUCAGCUUGGCAGAAUCCGGCUGCAGAGCCCGGAAAGGCUGACUGGGAACUUGCUUUGGUCGAGACAGCGAGCAAUUUAUCCCACCAGAAAGCAGCAUUGGGUGGUGGAUUGGAUCCAUUGUUGUUGAAUGGUAUGUAUGAUCAGGGCAUUGUGAGGCAGCAUGUCGGCACUGCCCAAUUGAGUGGUGGAAGUGCAAGUAGUGUUGCAUUGCCCGGGCCCGGGAAGAGUGCCACACCUGUAUUAGCUCUUCCCGCACCGGAUGGCACAGUCAUGCCGGUGAAUCAGGAUCCGUUUGCUGCAUCAUUGACCGUUCCACCUCCUUCCUAUGUGCAAAUGGCUGAUAUGGAGAAGAAGCAGCAUCUACUUGUGCAGGAACAGCAUGUGUGGAACCAAUAUGCCAGGGAAGGAAUGCAGGGCCCGACUAGCUUGGCCAAAAUGAACGGGGCCGGGUUCUACGGGGCACCUCCUAUGCAGAUGCCGCCAUAUGGAAUGCCACCGGUGAACGGAAUGGGGCCACCUGCCGGGUAUUACCACGCUCCUUAUUGAUUUUUCCGGCAGUCCUCCUUUUCCCAUAAAUGACUUCUCUUUGUUUAUUUUUGUAUGUUGUUUUUUCUUAGUGUUUUAAUCCUGUCUAAAUGUUAAGCCUUUAUUCUUGCUGCUACUUGUGCAUGAAAACGGUGGGGGAAGAGGGGAAUUGAAAAUGAAGAGAUUUAGAGUCAUUGUUGGAGAUGGGAUUUUUAUGUGCUCGGAUAUACAUAAUCGAUUUGUACUCUGUUCAUGCUCUGUAAUAUUAGAAUUUCUUGACGAUUUUUUUCUUCCACAAACAAUAAUCUCUUCUUUUGUUAUGAGAACCCACCAAAUUUAAUUCAUUGGAUUUGUUUCUUAA